AUGAAGGAAACAUCAGUACUGGAGGAAGAAGAGGAAAAAGGUACUGAGACUGAGUUAACGGAAGAAGAGGAAGAACAAAACGGAAGUUUGUCGGAAUAUGAGGAUGAACUAGAUGGAUUAUUGAGGCAUCGAACGGUGAUCGACAAUUACUUUAAUCAAGGAAGAUUAAAGUCUGGUCAUAGAAGUGAUCAUGCGCGGCGAAAAAAACGAAGACAGGGUGAGGAAGAUAACGGGGACGAUAAUCGUUGCAAUACAGUUGAAUGCGAUUUGCGAUUACUUUCAGAUUGGUUUGAAAAAUGUGAUGAUCAUCUUCCACGUGCUGUUGUUCGAGAAUGUACUAACGCAGAGCGUUUGUUUCCCCGUUGGUUAACGUAUUUGGCGGCUGGUUUUAAUCUAAUUAUCUUUGGGCUGGGUUCGAAGCGAAAGCUUGUCCAAAGUUUUUGUGAAAAACAAUUGCAAGAUUACACAUAUAUUGUCGUUGAUGGUUUUCAACCAACGGUUAACUCACACAUUAUAUUUCAGUGUUUGGAGAAAAAUCUAUCAUUGAAAGUGGUUAUUAUGAGUAAAAAUCAGCUGGAGUAUGCAAAUGCCGUUGGUCGUGCUAUAGAUAACAGAAAUGAAGAUGUUGUUCUUGUACUGCAUAAUAUUGAUGGACCGGGAUUGAGGACAACACUUGAACAAUGGGCUCUAGCCGAAUUUGCAAAAGCUAAACAUACACAUAUCAUUGCUACCGUUGAUCAUGUCAAUAAAAGCUUGCUGUGGACUCAAAAAUUAUUGAAUGCAUUUAAUUUUCUCUUCAUCAAUGUAAAUACCAUGCAAGCGUAUAAAGCCGAAGUAUUUGCUGGCUAUUCGAAACUAUUAGGAUUGAAUCCGAAAGGUUCAGGAUAUACACAUACGUUUGCAUCGUUGGAUGUGGUCUGGAUGUCGUUAACAAAUAAUUCCCGCUCACUACUUCAGCUUAUCACUAAUCAUUAUUAUCGUAAGAAAAAAGCAGUGGAAUUUUUCGAGCUUUUUCGUUUGGCCAGGAAUGAUUUCCUGGUUUCAACGGAUGCAGUACUACGACAACACCUUAAUGAGUACAACGAUCAUCAUCUUAUUGUGCGAAAGCGUCACAGUGAUGGCAAUGAAUAUAUAUCAAUGGCUGUGGAAGAGAGGAUUUGUAUACGCAUGAAUGGAGGUAAAGAAUAAUUUUUUUGGUAUGGACAGGCUCGAAAAGCGAUGGACAGCAACAGCAUUGAGGAUAAAAUGAUUAAA